GCGGGCCAGGUUAGUGUGUCUCAGUUCUCGGUCUCCAGUUUCCGUUCCUAUGCGCGUGCUACUAACGCGCGCAAUUGACCCAGAAAAAAAGUUGUCAACAAGAAAACGGAGAGGGUGGGUCCGGAUAACAAGUUCAUUUACGCGUGUAAGUGCAUCAAAGCUGCUAUUAAUAGAAAUUGUCGCAAGGGCUUAACAGCAUAAGAACCCAUCUCCCGUGUGCACAGGCAUAUAUUUUCAUGCACAGUUGAUCUUCCGGGGCUCUCGGUGGCAGGUUGCUUGCCUUUCUCUUUGGGCUGAGCGGAACAGAUUUCUCGCGUGGACUGACAUGGCCACUAACCUCGCCAUGAGCGCUGACCUGCCCAACAGUCCCCUCGCCAUAGAAUACGUCAACGACUUCGACCUCAUGAAGUUUGAGGUGAAGAAGGAGCCCUCGGAGGUGGAGCGGUACUGCCACCGCUUACCGACCGGCUCCCUGUCCUCCACGCCGCUCAGUACCCCCUGCUCCUCGGUGCCUUCCUCGCCCAGCCUCUGCUCUCCUAGUCCCGGUGGUCAGACCAACCAGAACCACAGCAACGGCGUCAAUGGCAAAAGCAGCCACACCCCCGGCGGAAAGACGCAACUGGAGGACCUCUACUGGAUUCCGACCUACCAGCACCACCUCAACCCCGAGGCGCUCAACCUGACGCCAGAAGAUGCUGUCGAAGCCCUCAUCGGCAACCCGCAUCACCAUCACCACCAACAACAUCCAUACGACGGUGUCCGCGGACAGCAGUAUGCAGGGGAGGAUCUCACAGCCGCGUCCAACGGGCACCACCACUUGGCCCACCACCACCACCACGGCCAUCACCUCCGCCUGGAGGACCACUUCACCGACGAGCAGCUGGUCAGCAUGACGGUGCGCGAGCUCAACCGGCAGCUGCGCGGCUUCAGCAAGGAGGAGAUCGUCCGCCUCAAGCAGAAGCGCAGGACCCUGAAGAACCGGGGCUACGCGCAGUCCUGCAGGUUCAAGCGGGUGCAGCAGCGGCACAUGCUGGAGAGCGAGAAGUGCACGCUGCAGAGCCAGGUGGAGCAGCUGAAGCAGGAGGCCGCGCGUCUGACCAAGGAAAGGGACCUAUACAAGGAGAAAUACGAGAAGCUGGUGAGCCGCAGCUACAACAGCAGAGAUUCCCCCAACGGCACCCACGGGAAGGAAGCGGUCCCCGAGGAGUUCUUUAUGUGAGAAGAUACUUAUUUUAAAAACUGAUUCUUUCUUCAAACUACCUUUUAAACUCAUAUUUAGGGUUUGUUUUUUUACCUCUUAGUUUGGCCGCAUUGUUCAUGGUACAGUUUUUUCUUUGAAAAAGAGACAAUAUGCGGCUGAACAUGUACCAAUUAUUUAAUUUAUAUUCUUUAAAAACUGUUUCAAUCAGUGUCAAAAUGGUGCAAGCAAAUACCAAAGUGGAUUGCCCUUACUUUGGAAGAACGAAUGAUAGGCAGUAUUAUAUUUUUCAAUAAGGACAGCACGUCAGUUUUAUUUGGAAGUAAAUGUAAAUCUUGAAUAUCUGAGGAAACCACCUUAAAAUACCUGUUCAAAAUUGAGUCCAAACACGCGCUGUAUUUUGACUGAAUCGACCCACAGGGAAGGUGAAUCUUGCACGAAAACACCUCAUGCUUGAAAAGGGAUCAUAAGCUACGCCUAACUGAAGGAGGAUAUGAAUUACUGUGCGGGCCCAUCAGUGCGUGAUGAACAGUGGAAAUGUUGAGG